UGGGGUUAUUCCACCGAUUUUAGUGUUACUGCCCAAAAGGCAUCAAUGCACGACAAAAAGCCGGACUAUUUACGGCGCCAAGUCUUUCUCCUGGGCGACGACUAUUUAAGAAAUUGAAUACCUUUUUAUUGUUGAUAACAAGACCAGCUGCCAUGGAUUUAUUUCUCAUUCUAUCUCAAGUCCUUCGCUCAGAAGCCUGAGGUUCUACACCCCUGUUUCUGAAUUUCAGAAAAAUCAUACCCCUCUAAGGUUAUGUUUCUUCUCAUAAUUGGAUAUGGAUCAUCGACUUAAAAGGUUGCCUGACUCCUAUUUAAACAGACUUGAGCCGGAGAAUGAGGUCAUUUUUUCUACAGCUCAACCAUCAUUGGAUAUUCCAGACAUCCACAAGGAUGCGCCUUCAAUCACACAAUUUCCAAACCUUGGUACUUAUUCUCCUACUCUAGACUCUGAUCGUGUGCAUAAGUACCUUAGCCAGUUUCUAUUGGAGGAGGAGAGCAUUGAUGGGAACAAUCCGCACAUAUAUUUUGAUCCCAUUGCUCUCAGUGCUACUGAAAAUUCCUUCUACGAAGCCUUGUGUGACAACCCUUCAUCACCUUUUCACAGUAAUGCUGGAAGCUCCAGGUAUGACAUUAAGCAUAUUGAUCUCCAUAACUCUGACAAUCUGUCUACUGUUGAUCCCAGAGAAUCUGAAUCAUCUGUAGCCUGUAGGCAUCGUGAUACCCCCAUUCAGUCAUCAAGUCAGACUAACUCGGAUGGGUUAAACAGUUCUUUAUAUACCUCUGAUAGUGCACAGUUUUCUCAAAUGGAUGCUCUCUUAAGUGCUAAUUCGGUUACUAAAAUAUUGUGUAAUGAUGAUGCUGAUCCCAUCUUGCAAUUCAAGAGAGGUGUAGAUGAUGCUAGUCGAUUCCUGCAUGCCAGUAAACAGUUGGUUAUCAAUUUGGAUAAAUACUUGAUUUCUCAAGAGAGCGAAGAACUUCCCAGAGAUGUUGUUUUCAAAAUAAAAGACCAUUCACCUGAUCUGUAUAGUGGAAAGAAGCAUAACCAUUUAGACAAAAGUGGGUCAGAAGAAGAAAGCAGAAGCAAGCACUGUGCGGUCUAUAAGGAGGAGAUUGAGUUAUCAGAGGUGUUUGAUAAGGUUUUGCUAUGUACUGAUGACAAUGAUUGUCUACCUCGAGUCAGCACACAACCGAAAAAGAAAAGUGGUCGCAAGAGACAUUUAAAGAAGGGAAGAGAUAUUAGUGAAACUGUGGAUCUGGAGUCUCUUUUAAUCAGCUGCGCACAAUCUGUUGCUGAAGCUAAUUAUAGGGCUGCAGGAGAUAAAUUAAAGAAGAUCAGGCAGCACUCUUCACCUACCGGGGAUGCAAAUCAAAGGCUGGCUAAUUUUUUCGCUAACGGUCUUGAGGCACGACUGACUGGAACUGGGACACAUGUGUAUGAGGCUUUAACUCCUAGCAACACCCUAGUUUUAGAGAUGCUAAAAUCCUACAUGUCAGCUUGGCCAUGGAUGAAAUUAUCAAUAUUCUUUGCAAAUAAAAUGAUUUACGAAGUAGCGUCAAACGGUGCAUCACUCCACAUUAUAGAUUUUGGUAUUCUUCAUGGUAUCCAGUGGCCCACACUUAUCCGGGAUCUUUCAAAAAGACCCGGUGGCCCUCCAAAACUUCGAAUAACUGGGAUUGAGCUUCCCCAACCUGGUUUUCGUCCAUCACAAAUGGUGGAAGAGACUGGUCGUCGCUUGGCAAAAUAUUGCGAGCAUUUCAAUGUACCAUUUGAGUACAAUGCCAUAACAAAAACAAAUUGGGAGAGGAUAACGAUUGAUGAAUUGAAGCUUGUGAGCGGUGAGGUAAUUGCGGUGAACUGUUUAGUUCGGUUUCAUCACUUAUUGGAUGAGACAGAAAUUGGUGUGGACAACCCUAGGGAUGUUGUUUUAAACUUAAUCCGGGAAGUAAAUCCUCAUUUAUAUGCGCAAACUGUGUGUAGUGGACCUCAAACCUCUCCUUUCUUUGUCACUCGGUUCCGAGAGGCAAUUUUCUUCUACACCGCUAUCUUUGAUUUGAUUGAUGCUACUUUACCGCGCCAUGACAAUCGGAGAUUGAGUUUGGAAACAGAAUUUGUGGGACGUGAAAUAAUGAAUAUUGUAGCAUGUGAAGGCAAGGAAAGAUUGCAAAGGACUGAAACAUGUAAGCAGUGGCAAUCUCGCAUCAUGAGGGCUGGUUUCAAGCCCAUGGCUGUAAACCCUACACUUGCGAAGAAGUUAAGAUGUGAGGCAAGGGAAGGAUAUCACAAAGAUUUUCUGUUUCUGGAAGAGGGCAAUUGGAUAAUGCAGGGAUGGAAAGGUCGGAUUAUUGGCGGCAGCUCUUGCUGGGUUCCUGCAUGAGACUACAAACCUUGAUAGUAAGUACGUUAAAUAUGUGAAACUAACGUUUCUCCAUAUGGGAAACAUUACAGUAACCAUUCAGGCAAUUCUGCAGUUCAUUUUUCGUGAGUUCUUUUGUUUCCAUGUCAGUACAUCACCACUCUCGUCUCUCAAGUUAUUUUGAAAAUUUAAUACUGUAAACUGUCAUCAAGAAAAGGUGUUUUGUACUGUCGGAAUGUCUGCCGCAGUUCUCUAGUUUUGGAUUUUCUUUUAUUAGAAAAAUAGAAAAUGACAUAUCAUGUUCGCCUAGCAGUCAACCUGCAGACUUCUUUUUUUUUGAAAGGCUUAUAGUCAUAGGAUCAUUUGAAACUGCAAUAUCUUUAACUUGGCUGUACUCAUCGAUUGAAGACUCCUGGAUAAACGUGGGCAUGUGCAGCAAUGCAUGAAAUCAUGAAUAUUUUGUAUUGAGCCUAGUAGUGCGUUGACCUAUUAAUUAAAGUAACACUCCAUUGGCUGUUUAGAUUCACUAAUCUAUUGCUCUAUAUAUUCAAAUUGAG